AUGUCUGAUAAAGGUCCCGAGUUGGAACGGGGCCUCUGGGCGGCGGUGAUCAUCGCCACGCUGAUCGUGAUCUUACGUGUCUUUGCUAAGAUUAAGAUCAACCGUUUCUUCGUUGACGAUGUUCUCAUGAUCAUCGCCGUUAUCUUGGCAAUUGCCUCGACAGUGUUCCUCACUCUUUCCGUUCAACAUGGCUUUGGAAAGCCCCUCGGCAAGCCCUUCACCCAUGAUACCUCGCUCGUUCUGAAGUAUAUCGCCAUUCAAAUUCCACUCGUUACCUUAAGCACCACCAUCGCCCGAACCGCUUUCAUUGUCUACUUGGUGGCCGUGCUGGGCACCAACAAAGGCUAUCAGGUCGCCUUAUGGACCGUGCUUGUCAUCCAGCUGAUUGGGAACAUCGCAUCCGCGGUGUUGCCCCUCAGCAUCUGCAAAGAUGUGAGGAUUCUAUGGGAUCCCACCAUCGAGACCACCUGCGGUGAUCUCACGGCCGUCAUCAAUUUCGCCUACUACUCCAACACCUUCAAUUCUGCCACCGAUCUUUUCCUAGCCCUCUUCCCCACCAUUGUUUUCUGGAACCUCAAUCUCAAAUUGCGCAUCAAAGCCGGUUUGAUCGUCCUCCUCAGCCUGGGCGUUGUCGCAAUGGUCGCCUCAAUUGUCAAGACUACCAAACUCACGACCCUCCCCAGCAUCACAAAUCUCGGCACAGCCGGCGGCCUCGAACUGAUCCGCUGGGGUUACAUCGAAAACGCCAUUAUCAUAAUUACCUCUUCAAUGCCCUGCAUUCGACCACUCAUCAUUUCCUCCGUCCGCAAAAUCUCCAGCGCAACCCGCUCCUACGAACUAAGCGGGCCCUUUAGCAACAACCGCCGCACAGACCAAUACGGAAAUACCAACGCAUCCCGGCGCGCCCGACGCUCCCACAAGUCCCGCGACAUGGAACUAGGCAGUGUGGACCGGAUUCUAGACCAUGAACAUAGCGCACAUACUAGUAGAACUGCAGUGGGACGGGACUCGAAUUCGCCGACGAAUGAUCUGGGGAUUACGAAGCAGGUUGACAUUUCGGUGAUUACGGAUGAUAAUGCGAGUCGGUCAACUAAUGAUGGGCUUGAGUUUAGAGGGUUAUAG